AUGUCUUCAUCGAUGCGUUACCUUUUUAUAGUUUCUGUCUCCUGUGUCAUCAUUUUUAUCGUGUUCUAUGUGUUCAUGUUUGGCGGAGAGCAAAGCCUCCAGAGACUGAAUAACUCAGACACUCUGAUGCUGACUCAAGUUUGCGCAUCCUUUAUCAAAGGCAAGACACCUUUCCUGUGGCGGGACAAACUGAUGCUAUAUCAGAAGCCUUCCUGCCGAGACUAUCUGGCCCAGAGCCACUACAUCACGGCCCCGUUAUCCGAAGAAGAGUCUGGGUUCCCUUUGGCCUAUGUCAUGGUCAUCCAUCACAAUUUCGAUACCUUUGAGAGGCUCUUCCGAGCGAUCUACAUGCCCCAAAACGUCUACUGCGUCCAUGUGGACGAGAAGGCCACCGCUGCCUUUAAAGAUGCAGUGGAGCAGCUGCUGAGCUGCUUCCCCAAUGCCUUUCUGGCCUCCAGGAUGGAGCCGGUCGUCUACGGCGGGAUCUCCAGGCUGCAGGCGGACCUGAACUGCCUGAGGGACCUGGUGGCCUCCGCGGUCCCCUGGAAGUACGCCAUCAACACCUGCGGGCAAGACUUCCCCCUGAAAACCAACAGGGAAAUAAUCCAGUAUCUGAAAGGAUUCAAAGGGAAAAACAUCACCCCGGGGGUGCUGCCCCCGGCACAUGCCAUCGGCCGGACUAAGUACGUCCACCGAGAGCACCUGGGCAAAGAGGUUUCCUAUGUGAUCAGAACCGCCGCUCUGAAGCCGCCUCCCCCCCACAACCUCACCAUCUACUUUGGCUCGGCCUAUGUGGCCCUGUCCAGAGAAUUUUCCAACUUUGUGCUCCAUGACCCCCGGGCUGUGGACCUGCUCCAGUGGUCCAAGGACACCUUCAGUCCCGAUGAGCAUUUCUGGGUGACGCUCAAUAGGAUCCCAGGUGUUCCUGGCUCCAUGCCAAAUGCAUCAUGGACGGGUAACCUCAGAGCCGUGAAGUGGAUUGACAUGGAAGACAAACACGGGGGCUGCCAUGGCCACUACGUGCGUGGCAUUUGCAUCUAUGGAAAUGGAGACUUAAAGUGGUUGAUCAAUUCGCCGAGCCUUUUUGCUAACAAGUUUGAACUUACUACAUACCCCCUUACUGUGGAAUGCCUAGAACUGAGACUUCGAGAAAGAACCUUAAAUCAGAGUGAAACUGCAAUACAACCCAGCUGGUAUUUUUGA